AGUAACCAUGGACAGUAUUUUUCACGAAACGCAAGAGGGGUCUCUUUGUGCUCAGCACUGUCUGAACGCGUUACUACAGGGCUCGUAUUUUACCGCUGUUGAUUUGGCGAAGCUUGCGCAUGAGCUGGAUGAGGAAGAGAGAUUGAAAAUGGCAGAAGGCGACGUGAAUUCUGAUGAAUAUCAGAGAUUUUUGAAGCAACCAUCACAUAACGUUGACGACACUGGCUUCUUCUCAGUUCAAGUUCUGAACAAAGCUCUCUCUGUGUGGAGUCUACGGAUGAUUCCCUUCAAUAGUCAAGAAGCAGAGAAUGCUCGAGCGAAUCCACUUGGUGAACAGGCAUUCAUUUGCAAUCUACAGCAACAUUGGCUUGCUGUCAGGAAACUUGGAAUGCAGUGGUUUAAUCUGAAUUCGCUGCUGACUGGUCCGGAAUUAUUGUCCGAAACGUAUCUUGGUUUGUUUCUGGCUCAACUACAGAAUGAUGGUUACUCUAUUUUUGUCAUACAAGGAGACUUCCCUGCAGCAAGUGCAGAUGAAGUUUUGUCUCAUCAACGAAUUGUACAAACAACUCGGCCAUCUCUUAUUGGCGGCAACUUGGCAGAUGAACAGCAGGAUGCAGGACAGGGAUUUGGCAAUGAUCGUGCAACUGCUAGUGCUGCUAGUAGAGAGCAACGAGGGAAUGAUUUUUGGACAGCCGAUGGGAGACACGAGAUGACAGAGUUGGGGCAACAGUUGUGGCAGGGAAGAUGGCAUGGAGGUGACGCUGCCAGUAGACAAGAUGUCUUGGACAGUGGAAGUGGUUUAGAGAGAGUAUUUGCUAGAAGUCUAGAGAGAGUCGCAGCUGGAGGGUGGAGGCAGAUGGGAGACAUAACGUCUCACAAUAAUGUUGGACAGAUUGUAGCCGAUCCUGGUCAACCAGUAGCAGCAGCUGCUGCAGCCGCUGUUGAUCAACAUUCGGGGCUUACACUUGAGGCUAUGGAGCAUGCUAUAGGCAUCAGUCUGGUACGAGUAUUAGGACAUCACCAGCCAAGUUUAGAUCAGAGAGGUGGAAUGGCGGCAACUGCAUCUGUACCUGCAAGACAAACGUUUGGACACAGAAACUUACCUUUAUUCUCUGCAGUGCCUCCUUCUAGUCCAUCUUCAUACCCAAGACAGAGAUCGUUGCUUCCUUUGUUGCCACAAUUGGACCUACCAUUAACGACUGUCUCUCUUGCUACGACAGGCUCAGCAGAUGAGAUCAAUUAUGAUUCAGACGAAGGAGGAGAAUCAGAUUUGGCAAGACAGCUAAACAUAACGUUCGAACACGAAGUAAUUCCUCCUCCUGGCAAGAAGGCAUUGUCAGAUACAGCAGAGGCAGUAUCAGAUAACAGCUACAUGGUCGAUCUAUAUGACCUGCAAGAUGGAUUAGAAGAUGAUGUGGAAGAAGAAGGCAGUGAAGACGAGAGCUCAUCUGACAGUCCAACUUCUUCAGGACCAUUGAAACGACAAGUGUCAGAGAUGACAGAAGAAGAGAUGAUGACAAUGGCAAUGCACUUGUCCGAAAGACAGACAAAACAGGACAAGCCUGACAAGGGCAGUGAAGCUAACAGUUGAUUAUGUCUGGGUAGUAUUGUGUUACCUUCCACAAGGUGAACUGAAUGCGGAAGUAGGGUUUCUAUUGGGGUUGCUAUUGUAUUGAAUUAGUAUGGCAAUAGUUUAGUACAAAUAGGACUGACGUAGAGGCUACCAGAGAACACCCACUUGGAGGAUGAGGCUGUGGUUUGGAAUGGGAGCGUUUUCCAUGAUUUACUAUA